AUGGUAGCUAGGAUAUUAAAUCGCAUUUAUAUUGCGGCAAAAGAUGAAUCCAAUCCAUUCCAAGACCGUCAACUUUCGCAAUCAAUUGAACACAUACUCGAUAAUAUAUCACCCAGUGCCAGAUCAGUUGAGGAAUUGGAAGAGUUGGCGCUAUCAAAGUUUGGUUGCCGCGAAGAAACCAAAAAUUUGUUACAACAGCUGAAGGAAGCUUGCGAGGAAGCUUGGUCCAAGAUCACCGCUUUCGAUAGACUUGUCACUUCUCACAGUAAAGGCAUAUCUCUGGGUGCUGCUAAGGAUAAAAGGGCACACUUAGAGGAGAUAAAGUUGAAGUUGGAAAAGAAAAUCAAGGAGAAUAAUACCUUGAUUCAGAAUGCCCAUGAGAAUAUCGAUUUGCAAACCGCAACGGUACUGAAACUAACAAAUCAAUAUGCAUCAGAUGCAAGGAUUAUGAAAAAGAAGUCUGCUAUGGGCUUACACGGAGACUUAUAUGUAAAUUACAGAUAA